GGCUGUGGGAGGGGUCUGCCAAACCUUUCCCUCUAAUUGACCAGGGAGCAGAAUCAGUCGGGGGAAGCGAGCGGCCACAGACGGAGAGAGAGGUACUCAGCAGACCGCAUGUUGGUGCUUAAUAGCGUAUAAUUGGAACACAUUACCUGGAAUUAGAUUUAUUAGGCGUCGCAUGGUUACUAAGUGUUUUGGAAAAGCGAUUUGAAAGCCAGAAAAAAGCAAAAGCUUAAGUGUAGACGGACGCAUGGGCUCGAUAAAACGGGAAACCCAGCCCAUGCCCAAAUGGCUGAUCUGGAACUGUUUUACUUUGAUCAGCCGGAUCCCAGACACGUCUCCUUGGUUUUAGAUGAAGAAAGUAUCGGCGACAGCGGUGAAAAGUCACUUCAUCCCGGCGGAGGAGAGUGUUCAGCACCAUGGACAGAGAUCAGGGGAGCUCCGCGUCCGGAGGAGGAAACGGAAACAUCUUUUACUUGCAAACACCAACAUGAUGAAGAUGCUGAUGAUGUCCAGCUGAUAGGUGCGAGUCCAGAAACCUGCAGACUGAGUCGGCGCUCUUCGAGUGAACUGUACGAGGAGGAGGAGGAGGAGGUAAUGGAGGAAGAGGAGGAGGACAUCCCGGAACUUUACUUGCUGUCCGACGACGACCUCUCCUCUGAGGACUCGGGGAAGUCUGUGGAUUACGGCUUCAUCAUCGCCGUGACUUGUCUGGUAACUGGCAUCUCUCUGGUCGCCAUAGCUUACACGGUCCCCAGGGACGUCCGGGUGGACCCGGACACUGUGACCGCCCGGGAGAUGGAGCGUCUAGAGAGGGAGAAAGCCAGAGUGGGUGCCCAUCUGGACCGGUGUGUCAUAGCGGGACUGUGUCUGCUCACCCUCGGGGGCGUGCUGCUGUCCACGCUGCUCAUGAUCUCCAUGUGGAAAGGGGAGAUGAUGAGGAGGAAAGCCUUCGCCUAUUCCAAACACGCAGCAAAGUUGUACGGCUCCAUCAGUUUGAGAGCUGGCUCCAGCCCCACUCGGGAAUCCUGCUCACAUUUGUCAGUGGCUGACGAGGAUUUAGAAGUGCUCAGCUGAAAUUAUGGACAGGACAAGCGGAAAAGACUCAGAAAGUGCUUAGAAAAUCCUGUCAGAGCUGUCCUAUAAUCGGCAGGUUUAAUGCCUUUUUCAUUUCUAACAGCUAAUGCUAGUAUUUUGGUUAAUAGAUAGACUUCUUUUGAAAGGAUAGGCUUGCAUUUUUUCAUGUCUGUUGUAAUACAGUCCUCCCCAUAUGGGAGUUAUUGGUUGCUGUUAUUGUCCCUUCAGCUCAUCCAAUCUCAGUACAGAUGAUAGGGGCCACAAUCCACAAUCCUCUCUCUGGGUAGAUGCAGAAAUAUAUAUAUAUAUAAAAAUAAGGCUAAAUUUAGUAGUUUGAUUUGCAUGAAUACAGCACAAAAGAACAGAGCUACUGAAGAACUCACAGGGCUAUUUGAUAGCAGUAUGUUGCUUUAGGUACGGUGAAGCAUGAAAUACAGUCAGGAAGCCCAGGCUGUGCAACAGAUGCACUGAAUGUGCCAAAACACUGCACAGCAGGUUUCUAAAACACUAAAAGCUGGAAAGCUAUAAUGGUGGCUAUCAUUUUCUCAUUUGUGUUUUCAGUUGUGGAGGAAAUACCAGAAAAAUAAGUGGUCACAUCACAAGUGAGCAUUCAAUUUAAUGAAAUGGGCCUGCUCAGUUUUCUUUAAUGCUACUGUGAGCACUAAUAUGUUACCCCAGUCAAAACAAGCAUCACUCUUUGUGUUUUUAUCCAUCCACUGAAGCGAAAACACAAUGAGGGAAACUUGAUUUUUGUUAUGGCCAGUUUAGACUGCUGAAGCCUGAUGUCAGCUUCCAUUACUCAUGUGUGAAAAGGGAUUGUGGUUUAAGUCCACCAUCACUCAGAUUAGGAACAGUUACAGCAAACAAAGACAUCUUUUCGUGCACCCACUGUGUGUGCAUGCUAGUGUUGUGUUAAGAUAGACUUGAGCAAAUGUCAAUCUAUUCUUUGGGUAUGCAUAGACGGUGAUGUGCCAUAUAAACACUGAGACUUCUGAGGCUAAAACUAUGAUGUAUUCUUUCCUGAAAUAAAUAUUUUGUUUACAUUGGAGGUACCGUAGGUGGUUUUCCUUGUGAGGUUCUCUGACCUAACUUGUUGUUUACCACUGCAUCCGCUGCUGCUAAUGAUGCUGCAACUUCAGGAAAUACUUUAAAUGCCAGCACAGACGUGUGUUGAAAGGCCUGUAUGCUGUAGCUGCAAACCUGAACCAGGAGUGGUGCCGUGUCGUAAAGAUCUGUAGCCUUCAGUUUCCACCUUGUCAGCAACAGAACCCCGCUGAAUUACAACUAACAAAGCUGUGCAGAGCAGGCUUAGAAAAAUAACAAUAGCAUGAGUCCAUGUUGGAAAUUCUGUUUGACAUAAAUGUGGCUUGGUGAAGCGAUGCUUGUAUUUGCUCAGAUUUGUUGAGACGCAAAUAGUAAUACCACAGGAGGUGUAAUUAGAUUUUGUGGUUGAGCACCGAUGUCGGGGAAGCUCAGUGUAUGCCGGAUACACUUGGGGGUUUUGACUGCAGAUGUUCAAACGCUGACAGAAAAAGACAGAAAGAGAAUCAACAAACCCCUGGGGAAAAGCUCUCCUGGUAAUUGGAGUUACUUAAUUGCUCAUGGGAGGCCUGUGAAUCAGUGAAAAAUAAAACAACCCCAGAGCAUUUCAACAGCUAUCUCAAUCAAGCCGCUUAUCAAAAGAACCAAACCAUUCCAGCUGCAAUAUUAGAGUGAAAUGUCACAUUGCAUUGAAAGGGGAGGAAGCGAAGAAUCGCCCGCUCUCACAAAAGAAGCUGCGAACAAACAGUUUUAUCCCCUGCUUGGGGUGUGCAGACAUGUGUGCUGUGCAAUAAUUGGAAGUGCUUAUGGCUGGCAGGAUUACAUUAUCCUCCACAUGACCUUCCUUCUCUCACCUCGUUAAUGUAAUUAAAUAGGUGCAAUCCGCUGACCUCUGUAUGAAAUAUUAAGUCGAUUUCUGAUGCUAAUCUGUCCUUAUUUAAUGUAGCAUCCCGAGGAGUAGUUUUUACAGUUGGGUGACGUUUUCUUGAAUUUAGAAGGGAGAGAAAUGCUUUUCUUAGAUGCUUUUAUUUUGGGAUGAAGCGUUGAGAAUCUCUUACUUUUCCCAAGCUUCUCUUAUCUGCAGCAGCUGACUAUUUCUUACAUUUUCUGCGGAUUGCCUUUUUCCAUAGCCUUCAUAGAACAGCUGUGAGCUUGUUGCAUUAAGUGUGUGGGAGAGAGUGGUAUUGCAUAGUAAGAGAGUCAGUAUUCACAGUAGUGGAAACAUGAAAGUCAGACUCCUAAAUCAACGCAACCUGCAAAGCACUCAGCCCUAUUGGGGCUGGCGUCUGCAGAGAUAUUAGUCUUUCCAGCCCUUGUUCAUUAGAAAUUCUCCCAGUUGGUAUACUUAUUUUGAGAUUUGUCUACGAGCAUGCAGAAAAUGUCUAAU